CUUCCAACGGUUUUUUUUUCGAAUCAAAAUGGCGCGAGGGGAGACCAGCCAACGGUCGGCGUGCGUGAGGAUUACUUUAACGUCUUUAACGCUAGUUUGUGUAGUUUCUACCGCUUCUAUAUCGCUGUUGAUGUCGUCUACAGUUGGAUUUCAACAAAAAGACCAAGAAGAAGCCGUUAAAUGGUCGCGAGGAGUGGACAUCCGGGACACUGGCCGCCCGGCUACAGUAUGAAGCCGAACAGGAAGUGGCUGUUGCUGGUGCUGCUGUCCUGGCUCCUCCUCUUCCUGUCGCUGCUCUGUCACAUCCUGGACCCCAAAUCUGCCGAAGAGGCCGGAUUCACCAGCACCUGGGAGACGGAGUACAGGUCCAGGUCUGAGGACUACUACAGGUCCAGGUCUGACCAGAUCCUGCGGGGCCUGUGGAGCGGGAACCUGACGGCGGCGAUGCUCAGUCCUCGUCUCCAGAAGGUCCUGAAGCUGCAGCUGGGCUCGCUCCGGCACCGCGUGUCGCCACGGCAACCGAGCGGGCAGCGCCGCUCCGCCCUGCAGCUGCACUGCGAUCUGAAGCGGACCCGGGUCCGGACCCUGGACGGCACCGAGGAACCCUUCCUCAGCCGGGGCUGGGCCGCGCUGGUGCCCCCAAAGGUACCUGAAGGGGUC